UGCGACACUCGGGAGCUAGUCUUAUCUUAUAUAUUUAUUUUUCUCUAAAGUGGUGCUGUUCUCUGUAGAACCCUAGGCCUACAUAUGUCAUGCAUUUGUCAUGUUAUGUGAAUCCCCUAUGCUCUGCUAUCAUCUGAAUCCUCACAUGAUUUUCAUCGUCUCACGUCGCAUUUAUUAUUGGCAUAUUAUUGGCAGACAGGAAAAGGGGGGGAGGGGUAUGAUGUCAUGGGAGUUCUAAUUUUCCCUCAGCGCCCAAUCAUGGCCGUUUGCGCUGGUUUUGUGUAUUUUCUAAUCUCAACUGCCUGGGUGGGGCCUCCGCGGUCCGGGGAGAGAGAUGGAAAGGCGGGGGCUGGUCCCGCAUCCUGUUCUUUGCUCGUCUUGAGAAACCGAAACGUGGCCAGAUUGAACAGGAAACCGACAAAAACGUGCUUUAGAACGUUGUUGAAGUUUACAGGGAGAUACUAACUAUACUAGCAGUCUGAAUACGCUACACACGAUCUGUGAAUCUCAAGUUGCUGUAGUUACUACGUGUUUAUAGCGGGAUACAUUUUAAAAUAUAAAUUGUUUUAUUAAACGGGAAACUACGCCUGUUAGUGCUCCAAUCAAAGCCGAAUUAGAUACAAUUUGAGAAAUUGUAGCGAAAUCUAAUCGCAAUAUCGUUCCAGAGUCUAACGUUACAUUGCAACAUUUUGAUCAUGAAAGACGCGGUCAGUGGUUCGGAUAAGAGCCCAUCCUUCGGGAAGACGUGGGGCAGCUCCACCAGUAGCGGAUACUGCAGUGGGGACUCGGAUUCUGAGUUCGAGCAGUACUUUACUGCUCGCACAUCAUUCAUUUGCAAAUCAAAGAAAGAGAAGGAUGAGCAGGUCAAAUGUGGGAAGCAGCAGGAGCUGUCAGGCACAGAGAUCCAGCAGAAGGUGAAGGAGUACAAUGCUCAAAUCAACAGCAACCUCUUUAUGAACCUGAACAAAGAUGGCUCCUUCACUGGCUUCAUAAAGGUCCAGUUCAAGCUGGUACGACCUGUGUCAGUUCCCCCACCGAGAAAGGGUACUGGAACACAGGAUGGUGCGGGCAAGAAGAAUGGGGGAGUAAAACGUUGCACCUCUUUCUACCUGCCCAAGGAUACAUCAAAACACCUACACAUCAGCUCCCGGACAUGCGCUCGUGAGGUCAUCGAAGCCUUGCUAAAGAAGUUCACUGUGGUGGACAACCCUGGAAAGUUUGCCCUGUUUGAGCGCACCGAGCGUCAUGACCAAGUGUUCCUACGUAAGCUGUCUGAUGACGAGCGUCCACUCGAACUUCGUCUGUGUGCUGGACCCAAUGAGAAAGCCCUCAGUUUGGUAUUGAAAGAGAAUGAGACUGGAGAGGUCAACUGGGAUGCCUUCUCUAUGCCAGAGCUCAAGAACUUUGUCCGCAUGUUACAGCGUGAAGAGGAGGAGCAUGUCAAGCAGAUUUUGCAGCGCUACACUCUGGCCCGCACCAGAAUGCAAGAGGCCCAAGCUGCUGCUUCCAUCCCUGGUGGUUCCGCCGCUAGUGGUUCCACCCCUGGCUGAGAAACAUGUCGCAUAUGGGACAACCUGCACCUCUGACUGACAACCAUCACAAGAUGACCAGUCAUCACUGCAUCCAAAGAUCCCAGAGAACACAAGUGGACACCUCCCUCAAAGGAGGAGAGUGAAAGAACGAAUGAGAGCGAGAGGGCGCAUGAGAGCAAGAGGGCAAGCGCGUGUGAAUGUGAGAGCUAUCAGAAGUGCCGUACAGCUGGAGAGAGUCUGUUGAUAAUGAGAGUUGAGAAACAGUAUAUGAAACUGUGGCUGAUGAGAGACUGGCUUUGUCCAGUACUGCCUCUCAUUAUGGGGGCGCCAUUUCACUAUCCUGGGUGAGCUACCUGGUUCGUAGCGUUUAUCACAUUGUUCUUGCUGGAAGUAGGGUCCAUAGAUUAUAUCAUUUAUAGCUUUGGGGUAACGAUCAAAGAUAAUUGAGACACCUGAGUGGGGUAAGCCAUAUCAAAAAGCUGUUUAACUCCCUUAAUGCCAAGCAAUAAGAGGGUAAACAACCUACUAGCUAAGACAAAUGUUGAACAUAUUCAGGUGCUGUCUGCCUCAGUAUCUCCAGACCCAAAUGCUAGUCAGAAUAACAAGCAAUGGACAUUAUGGGCCAGGUAGGUACCCCAGGUUUCCAUUUGACCCCAAUGUCUGCCACAUACCUCUUGCACAUCCGUACUGUGAUGGAUGUUCCUCUUUUUGCUGUCCCUUUAUGAAACUGAGUGUGAGUGCCCCAUGUGUUGGGUGCACUGUGAAUGUCAAUUGAGAGGACAAUCCCCAGGUUGAUUUAAUUGAUAGGGGAAUCUCAUCCUUGAAACACUUUGAACUGGAAGCUGAUGAUUUUUAUGGAAUGUUUGUUUGUUUGUAUAUCUUUUCAUGUUCUUUAUGAGAUUUUAAACCUAAAACAACAGAAUAAUAGAGUUGAGAAUUGGAUUCAUAUUAUCAGUACAUGUCUAUAUUGCUUGAAAUAAUAACUUGACGGUCAAUUAUUCAAAAAAUAUGUUUUUACAU